AUGUCCGACUACGGUGACCACGGUGACGAUGAUCGCGAGCCUAUCGAUGAGCCCGCCUUCGAUGAGGACCCGGAUGAGUACUACGAGCCCGAACCCGAGCCCGCGGACGACGACCUAGCGGGCAGACCCGGCGACGAAGUCGAUGAGGCGGAGAACGAUAAUAACAUUGUCACGUCGGGUGACCCUAAUGCGGCCGCCAACGCUGGCAAGGGCAAUGAGAAGUCCCACAAGGACAAGAAGAUCCCCAACGACCAGCGUCAGACGACACCCUACAUGACCAAGUACGAGAAGGCUCGUAUCCUCGGCACACGCGCUCUUCAAAUCAGCAUGAACGCGCCAGUGCUGGUUGACCUUGAGGGCGAGACGGAUCCUCUUCAGAUCGCCAUCAAGGAGCUGCGCGAGAAGAAGAUUCCUCUUAUCGUCCGUCGUUACAUGCCUGAUGGAUUCUACGAGGACUGGACCUGCGAGGAGCUCCUGCAGUAA